AUGGGUAAAAAAACAGCAACGUCUGUAAACAAAAACAAAGAAAAGCGCCAGGCGCGCAAGUUGGAGCAGCGUCGUAUAGCGGACGGCAUGACACAUGUUACAAACGCAAACAGACUAGAAGAACUGGCCACCUUAUGUAAGGAACUAUUGGUGUAUCAGAGUAAUAACCUUGAAGUGGAUAUGUACAUCCAGAGGGUCACUGAACUUGACAAAAAUGUUUUACAAUGGGCAAUAGAUCUAACUGAAAGGAAUAUGAAAAAUCUAUAUGAAACCUGUGCCUGGGGCUGGAACAGAGAUCGCAAAGUUGAAGAAAUGACAGAAGAUGCUGCCUGGUAUCUUAUUGCAAAAGAUAAAGAUAGCUUAUUAGCCUUCUCACAUUUUAGAUUUGAUUUGGACUUUGGAGACCCAGUGUUAUACUGGUAA